CAGGGAGGGCUCAGGCAGCAGAGCCCCAGCCCAGCCCUGGCCACAGGGAGCUGAGGGGCCCAAGGUUUGUUUUGCUGUCCCCCGGAUGUUUUCCCCAACGCCCACCCAAUGUGAUUUAACGCCGAGACACCUGCCUGAAAAAAAAAGGGAAAUUGUCCCUAAAAGUGGGUGAAGGUUCAUGGGUAAUUAUAGCACCUGGACUUCGCUCUCCAGCCCCGGCCCCUCCUGCCCUGCUUGGCAAGGGAGCACAAAAACAUGUGGCUAAUGAGUUACUGGUCCAUUCCCUCCCAUCACAUCCCGCCGGCCCCGGCCGGGGAUAUUUCGCAAUCCAGGACGUUAUUUCUGUGCAGUUGGAGUUUAAACUUUGCCACUCGGGUCAGGGCAUCACACAGGAGGAGGAGGAGGAGGAGGCUGGGCUCGGUGUCCACCCCGCUGCCCUGCACUCAGAGAGGGUUGAGAGGACAAUCUGUGGGAUCUCACCCAGCCAUGGCCUCCAGCGUGGACAGCCUGGACCUGCUGGACCUUCUCUUCGACCGCCAGGACGGGAUCCUGCGCGGGGUGGAGCUGGGAACGCCGCCGGGAGCCUGGCACGAGGGCAGGCGUGUCCAGGACAGCGAGGACUUGCUCAGCUCCAUCCUGGGCUCCGGGGACUCGGCGUCGGACUCGCCCAGCUGGUCCUCGGCCACCAGUGACAGCGGGGUCUCCGAGGACCCCCCCUCGGACCAGCACGACAGCCCCCCCAGGUGCUGUGACGGGGGUCCCCAGGAGGUCCUGUACCCCUACACCAACCCCUGCCGGGCUCAGCCCAUCCCAGCGGGGUCUGGGGUCCUGCAGCCCGAGGUCUCCAUCGACCUGGACAUGUGGCACCCCGGGUUCUUCCUGGAGGAGAGCCAGGACCUGCCCAUGGUCUCCCCGCCGCCGACCUGUGCCCUCACUGUCAAGGACCUGCUGCUCUCGGGCAGCUCUGACAACCAGCCACAGGCUCCCGGCUCCCUGCUCCGGCCAAACCAGGGCCACUUCCAGGAGCUGGUGCUGACGGAGGACGAGAAGAAGCUGCUGGCGAAGGAGGGGGUGACCCUGCCCACGCAGCUGCCCCUCACCAAGUACGAGGAGCGGGUGCUGAAGAAGAUCCGGCGGAAGAUCCGGAACAAGCAGUCGGCUCAGGAGAGCCGCAAGAAGAAGAAGGAAUAUAUCGACGGGCUGGAGAGCAGGAUGUCGGCGUGCACGGCCCAGAACCAGGAGCUGCAGAGGAAAGUCCUGCACCUGGAGAAGCAGAACUCAUCCCUCCUGGAGCAGCUGAAGAAGCUCCAGGCCCUCGUGGUCCAGUCGAGCAACAAGGCGGCGCAGACGGGAACCUGCCUGGCGGUCCUGCUGCUCUCCUUCACCCUCAUCGUCUUCCCCUCCGUCGGCCCCUUCGCCCCCAGCAAGGCCGAGCCCAACGGCGACUUCAGGCCAGUGCGAGUUUUCUCCAGGUCGCUGCACAACGCGGCCGCCUCCCGCGUGGUUCACAGCCAGCCCCAGCCCGGGGACGAGCAGCCCCGGGAGCCCCUGUGGUCGGAGCCCCCCGAGACCCUGCACGAAGCUUUCAGUGGCCACACACACCUGGACAAAGUGUCCCUCAGGAACAAAGUGUCCCUCGGGAACGACACGGCGGCACUGGCCCCCGAGGGGCUGAGCCGCGGGGCCGGGGACGGCACCGACGCCGUGCCAGGGGACAGCCCCACGUCGCACCAGAGCCUGGCAGCCCUGGCCUGGUCCAAAGCUGGGCACGGCCACUCUGCUGGGCUGGAGCCAGAGGAGGAGCUUUAGCAGCACCCAGGGACCACGGGGGACGCCACGGGGUGACACAGCACCUCAUCCCCUCCGGGACGAGCCCUCGGGGUGACCCCUCCGGGACGUGCCUCCAGCUGCUGGACCCGCUCGGCUUUGCUUGUGCCUGGGAACUGGGAAGAGGAGAUCGCUUCCCAUUGGCCUUACUGGGAGGGAAGGGGCUGCUCCUGCCCCCUGGGUGCACUGGAAGUUGUGGAAGGGAUGAGGGGGUCGCUCAGGACGGGGCUGAGGGAGCGGGAGGGGCCCUGGGCUGGUUGGUUUUGCUGGUGGUGCAACUGGUUGGUUUUGUUCUUGGGUUCGUUUUGGUGGUUUUUGGUUUUUUAUAUUUUUAUUUUCAUCUCUAAAUACAAGUUAUUUUG